GUGGUAGCGUAGUACAGUGACGACAGCGAUUGCUCAACGAGUGUUUGUCAUCCAUACGAAUUUAGAUAAAAAUUUACAACCGAAUAAUUGUUCAUUGAACACACGCGAGUGUAGUGAGUAAGUGCAAGAUUAAAUACGGUGCCAGUGACGAAUCUUCUGUUAUAAGUGAACAAUCACAUGUGUGUAGCAGGAAAAGUUGUUUAGAAACAGUAAACGAACUUUAAACAUGAAUAACAGUACGAGGCAACCGAAAACUACGCCUAUUACAGACGAUUACGAUAUAUCAAAUACCGUACUCGGUCUAGGAAUCAAUGGAAAGGUGGUGGAAUGCAGAGAAAAACGCACAGGCGUAAAGCGAGCGUUGAAGGUGCUACACGACAACGUGAAAGCGAGGAGAGAGGUGGAACUACACUGGCGUGCCAGCGGGUGCAUACACAUCGUUGAGAUAAUUGACGUAUACGACAACACAUACAGCGGCAAGCGAUGCUUACUCGUGAUCAUGGAAUGUAUGGACGGCGGCGAACUCUUCCAACGUAUACAGGAUAACAGAGACGGAGCAUUCACCGAGCGACAGGCCGCUGAGAUAAUGCACUCAAUAUGCGUGGCCGUCCGCCAUCUGCACGAAUCAAACAUAGCCCACCGCGACAUCAAACCCGAGAACCUUCUCUACACUUCAAUGGAACCCAACGCCAUCUUGAAACUAACUGACUUCGGGUUCGCCAAGGAGACCCUCACGCCGGCUGACACGCUGCAGACACCCUGUUAUACACCGUAUUAUGUUGCUCCUGAGGUCCUAGGCCCAGAGAAAUAUGACAAAUCAUGCGACAUCUGGUCCCUAGGCGUAGUGAUGUACAUCUUGCUGUGCGGCUUCCCUCCCUUCUACUCCAACCACGGCCUCGCCAUAUCCCCCGGCAUGAAAAAGCGUAUCCGACUAGGCCAGUACGACUUCCCUGAACCGGAGUGGUCCAACGUGUCGUCUGAAGCCAAGAACCUGAUCAGAGGCAUGCUCUGCGUCGACAGCGCGCAACGUCUCACCAUAUACCAGGUGAUGUCCAGCCCCUGGAUCCGCCAGUACACCCAAGUGCCCCAAACGCCUCUAUACACCAACGCGUUACUCCGCGAAACAGGAGAAGCAUGGGCCGACGUCCAAGAUGAAAUGACUCGGUCACUCGCCACCAUGCGUGUUGACUACGACCAGGUACAAAUAAAAGCACUCGAGCAGAGCAACAACUCCCUACUGAACAAGAGACGGAACAAAGUCGGCGCUUGAGACUCGGAGUACUGGGCUUCUACUAAACUUUAACCUUUUGACCGUCAAUCUUAGAGAAUAUAACCAAACGGAGUGGUCAUUAA